ACCUGGCAGAAAACAGCUUAAGGAUAAAUAGACGCACACGACCAUGCAAAUUCCUAUUUUUACGGUUGAUGCAUUUACAAACCGGCCGUUUUCUGGAAAUCCUGCGGCAGUUUGUCUGCUUGAAAAUGGCUUGGAUGAAGAUUUGCACCAAAAAAUCGCAACAGAAAUGAACCUUUCAGAAACUGCUUUCAUCAGAAAACUGCACCCUGGAGAUGACUUUACCAAAAGUUCCUGCUUUGGACUCAGGUGGUUCACCCCAGCCAGUGAAGUUCCUCUCUGUGGUCAUGCUACACUUGCAUCAGCUGCUGUGUUGUUUCACAUACAAAAAAACACAAACUCGGUUAUCACAUUUGUGACCCUGAGUGGGGAAUUAAAAGCCAGACAAGUGGAAAAUCAUAUUGUCCUGGAUUUACCACUUUACGUAACCUACCCACAGGCACUUCAGGACGUAGAAGAGUUAAUAAAGGCAGCCGUUGGUGACAUGACUGUUCAAGAUCUCCGCUAUUCCCCUGACACAAAGAAACUCUUGGUCCGCCUCAGUGAUGCUUAUGAAAGGUCUGUGUUGGAAGAAAUGCAAGUGAGCGCGCAACGUUUUUUGUCAGCUGAAAAUACAGGAAAGGUGAAAGGACUCAUUCUCACUCUUAAGGGAAAUUCCAGUGGAAAAGACAAAGGCCAUGAUUUUUACUCCAGAUAUUUUGCACCUUGGUUUGGAGUUCUGGAAGACCCUGUUACAGGAUCUGCCCAUGCUGUUUUAAGCAGCUACUGGUCAGAGCAGCUGGGGAAGAAAGAAAUGCUUGCUUUUCAAUGUUCCCGCCGUGGAGGAGAGUUGAAGAUUUCACUGCGUAGUGAUGGAAGAGUUGAUAUUGCAGGGCAAAUUGCUAUUGUAUUAAAAGGAUACCUGACUUUCUGA